UUACAGCUGAUGGUCAAAAAGCUGAAUAAAUGUUCAUUUGCUUCCAGAAUUUGCGUAUCGACGUCAAGUCGAGCGUCUUCGCCUUUUCCGAAGCGAGAUUUGAUGCCAAACAAUGGAAUAAUAUUCAGCUUGAAAAACGUCAAUGACAACAUGCAAGGCUUGCUUGUCUCCCUCAAGCCUGUUGAUCAUGGUAUAUUUUUGUCUUCAAUUGACUUUGCUGGUCUUACCACAAGAAGUAGUAAUUUAUUGAGGUUGAUAGAAGACAAUCAUGCCAUCAUGAGAAUUGAGAUUAAGACUUUUGCUAUCAAUAAUGAACUG